CCAAAAAACACGCGACGCUCUCAAAACGUUUUCCACUUGCUCUACUUUGAUGAGCACCAAGAAAUAUACCAGCUCAUCAGAUACCGUAGGGAAUGAUAACAUGGAUAUAACAUCGAAGAAUUAUGGAAAAUCCGACAAUGCGCCUGUAUCUGAGCAGUCUGUAGGAGCCACCAAUUCGAAGUCAUCGUCGAGUCAACCCAUGACAGAUUCACAGGCACCAAUAGAAGAUCCUAGCAACUCCCCAGAAGUCAAUGCGAAGCGAAAACAAGAGCUGGAGGCUGUACGUAAGCUCAAUUCCGCAGUGCAGACGAUCAAUCUGAACUUGGAGCAUUCAAAGGCAAAUCUUCAGCAAUUCAAGCAAACCGUGAAUCAAACCAAUCAAUUGUUGGAUAUGUGGAUAUUAAUCUUGUCACAAACCGAACAUACGAAGCGCCUCAUGGAGGAUCCAGAGUGGGAAGGUGGUCAAUUGGAUGCUCAAAGGAUAGAGCACGAACUACAAGAAAGUCAACGAGAAAAAAACGAGCGAAAGCACGCAAAAGACCGUACAUCCCAAAUACCAGCAACAGGAGACGAUAAGGGAAAGUCAAUACAGAGAUCAGGCAAUCCACGUAGCCGAAAAGGAGACGCAGCGGUCGCAAUCGAAUCGAAAGCUGCAUCAUCUAAAUCUCGCACAUCUCGAACGGUCAGCACGACUAGAACGAACAAGGGAUAAUAUUCUAACCUUUGGAGUAAUUUGCUAUAUUUUUCCGCAAUAUUUAUAUGCGUAAAUAGCUCCCGGAGGGCCAAUUUGUACAAUAUCAAUACAUACUACUUUCUUCU